AUGUGGACAGAGAGACAUUUUCUCUGGUUUCCAUUGGAUCCAAAGACCUAGAGAGCGAGAGAGACUCUAGGGACAGAAAAAAGGGCUGAGUGGUUUUGAAGCAGUUGAAGGACUGGCUGAAUCGAUCUACAGAGAGAGAGAAAGAGCGAGAGAGAGAGAGAGAGAGAGAGAGAGAUGAGAGAAAUCAUAAGCAUACACAUAGGGCAAGCAGGAAUUCAGGUAGGAAAUUCAUGUUGGGAGCUCUAUUGCCUCGAACAUGGAAUUAACCCCGAUGGAAUGAUGCCUAGUGACACAACACCAGGUGUGGCACAUGAUGCUUUCAAUACCUUCUUCAGUGAGACUGGCGCUGGUAAGCAUGUGCCCAGAGCAAUAUUUGUUGACCUGGAACCAACCGUCAUUGAUGAAGUUAGGUCAGGGACUUAUCGCCAGCUUUUCCAUCCUGAGCAGCUCAUUUCUGGAAAGGAAGAUGCUGCAAAUAAUUUUGCUAGAGGGCAUUAUACAGUGGGAAAGGAGAUUGUUGAUCUAUGCCUUGAUCGAGUGAGAAAGUUGGCGGAUAACUGCACGGGUUUGCAAGGAUUUUUGGUGUUUAGUGCUGUUGGCGGUGGCACUGGUUCUGGUUUGGGUUCCUUGUUGUUGGAACGCUUGUCUGUAGACUAUGGAAAGAAGUCAAAGCUUGGGUUUACCAUCUAUCCUUCUCCUCAGGUUUCAACUGCAGUUGUGGAGCCUUAUAACAGCGUUCUCUCUACUCAUUCCCUACUUGAACACACAGAUGUUGCUGUGCUAUUGGACAAUGAAGCCAUUUAUGAUAUCUGUCGGAGAUCCCUCGAUAUUGAAAGGCCUACUUACACCAAUUUGAACCGAUUGAUUUCACAAAUCAUAUCAUCCUUGACUACUUCUUUAAGGUUUGAUGGAGCUAUUAAUGUGGAUGUUACUGAGUUCCAGACUAACCUUGUACCAUAUCCUCGUAUCCAUUUUAUGCUUUCCUCAUAUGCCCCUGUUAUCUCUGCUGAGAAAGCAUACCAUGAGCAGCUAUCAGUUCCUGAGAUCACAAAUGCAGUGUUUGAGCCAGCAAGCAUGAUGGCAAAAUGCGAUCCAAGGCACGGGAAAUAUAUGGCAUGCUGCUUGAUGUACCGUGGAGAUGUUGUUCCUAAGGAUGUCAAUGCUGCUGUUGCCACCAUCAAGACAAAACGGACGGUUCAGUUUGUUGACUGGUGCCCAACUGGUUUCAAAUGCGGUAUCAACUAUCAGCCUCCAACAGUGGUUCCUGGGGGUGAUCUUGCUAAGGUGCAGAGAGCUGUGUGCAUGAUCAGCAACAACACAGCUGUGGCUGAGGUUUUCUCACGCAUAGACCACAAAUUCGAUCUCAUGUAUGCCAAGAGGGCAUUUGUUCACUGGUAUGUUGGGGAAGGCAUGGAGGAAGGAGAAUUCUCUGAAGCCCGUGAAGAUCUAGCUGCUCUUGAGAAAGAUUACGAGGAAGUUGGUGCAGAAGGUGUGGAUGAUGAAGAAGAUGGCGAAGACUACUGAGUUCAGCAGGGCUAUUGCCUGGUAAACUGAUCAGUUUACAAGGCUCAUCCCCCUGGCCCCCCUUGAAUCUGUCUACUGUUCUAUUGCUUUUAUAUAUUACCAGUAUUUCCUCUCUUCCUCUUUUGGUAUGGAAUGGUUGCAAUUGUGUUUCUAUGUUCUGAUGAAAUUUUAUCUGUGCUAUUAAAGAAGUGAUUUUUCUAGAUGAUCGAUUCAAUCACACUCUCAUUUGUCCUAUUGUUCUGUUUCCUGGGUUAUUUGCAUAAUUAGUCUAUGCAAAUGAUGUGUUUAUAAGAUAAUUUAGCAAUUUUCUGGGAUUCUACUCAACAGGGGAAAGGCCAUUCAGCCAUUCAUUCAACAUAACAGGGGAAAGACCAUUCAGCCAUUCAUUUUACUGUAUGACUUCUCUUUUCCUGUUUUCUUAAUUUUUUUUUCUU